UUCCAAACGCGACGUGACGUCAUUUGGGGCUAUUUGUCUGGAGCCGCACACCUGUGAAACCUACGCGACAAUAGGCAGGGAACGCUGUUUGUCAUUCGCGAUAUCUGAAUACGUUCACCAUCGUGUGGGCUACUUGCUCAGGUUUUGCGCGUUAUCUGGUUUUCCUGCAUAAAUUAGUACCGGAAAAAGAUGGCGAGAAAGCUUCUCGUUACUCUUCUACUCGCCUCAUCACUGACGGUGUUUGCGUGCGCAUUCAGCUUCUUCAGAAGAAGGACCUACAAAAUUCACAAGUUCCUAGAAGUUAAAGAACCCAUAUGGACGCACACAACGAGCAGGCGCACGGAUGUUUUGUGCGAAGUGGAUGUGAUGAUCAAUAUCUCCACCAGUGCAAUAUUUUUCACUCGAGUGUCUUACGACCGCAAAGGGAGAACAUCUGCCAUACUGCAUGGCGAAUUUCACGAACGCCGAAAGAGGCACAUGCUUGUGCAUACACAAGGAGGUGUUUAUGACCUGCACGAAGAGAUGCUUUACAUGAGUUCUGAUCACAGCUGCGCAAUAUUUAUGGUCACAAGAUUGUUCGGUGGUACAUUCCGCAGCUACGAUUUGCGAGUGAGAAAUUCGUCUAUAGCAAGAGGCCCUCGAAGAGACUGCGUUCGAAAAUUCAAGAGGCGUGACCUUAGAGGGCAAGUGAUUUACAGACCGAUGUGUCAAGACAUACUCCACAGUAAGGCGGAAAGAACCAUGCUAAAUUCGACACUGAAGGGGUGACCGUUGACCAACUUGAGCGCUAAUGUAUUUCUUGUGAACAUAUCUACAUACAUGAAGGCAAUCUAUAAAGCUAAUUUGAGCACGUUAUUCUGACUCCACUUCCUGAUUCUAAGAUUUACGACUGAGCACUUGUACUUUCGCAUGCUCGCACGGUAUUUUCUUUAUUUAAUUUGUGCUGCUACUUGGGUGCAUUGCCUAAUAAAAAAAGCUGUCAGGCCUUCAUUUCACCAGAUCCUC